CCUAGAGAGAGAGAGAGAGAGUUACUGGUAGACUCAACGGCAAAAAUCAUAGCAGAUAGGAACUCGAUUAUGGCGUGUUACGUUGAUGAAGCAGAAGUAUGGAAGUGUACCAAACAUCCGUCGAAGCGGCGGCGGACCGGAAUUUGCCCUAGGUGUCUCCGUGAACGCCUUGUUACACUUUGCCCUGACUGCGCCAACGCUCGCCCCUGUUCUUGUUGUCCGCCUCCUGUGGACUCCGUGUCUUCUACUACUUCUUCUUCGUUUUCUCUCUUCUCGUUUUCCCGAGGCGGUAGCCGUCGCGAUUUCACCAUCUCAUCUGCCGCCACCGGUGAACCAGGUCGUUUAUCUAACCAUCUUGAAAUAGAUCCGGCUUUACGUCGAUCCAGAUCAUUAGCGAUUCCGUUUCUCCGGUCGAGAUCUAGGUACGUUGGAGGCGAGUCUGAGUUGGUUGUGGACAACAAUAAGCCGGUUCCAAAGGUUAGCCGGAGUAAAAUUCAUUUCUGGUCGGUGUUUACGCUACACAAGAGUAAAAAAUGCGAUGUACACGCUGACGGAAUCGAUGAUGAAUCGAAUAAAAGUGAUGAUUUGGCCUCUGCUGAUGAUUAUUCGAGAAUGAUGCGAUCUAGAUCUGUAGCUGUCGGAGCCGUAGACGGCUUUGGUACAGCGGCUUCAAAACGGAAGGGAUGGUACUUUCCGAGUCCAAUCAAAGCAUUCCGUCAAACAAAAACGUCUAAAGCUGUCACCGUUUCGUAGAGGUUUAACUUUUUGUUACAACGCAUAAUCGCAUUACCAAGUUAACUAAAUUUUAAGCCUCUCUUCAUUCUCAAACACAUUUGUCUAUGAUUGUAUAUGUUAAGUUUACUUUUCCUUUUCUAAUAUAACAAAAAAUUUGAACUAAAACUGUUGUAUGCAAUAAUCAUCAUACAAGCUGAAGAACUUGUAAUGGUAACAAAUAUUUAUAAAUCAUAAGGAGUUAUACGCUUUAUAAGUAG